AUGACAUGGAAGACCGUUAUGAUAACUAAUAUCCAGUUACAAUCCGAAGACCCUUUCAUCUACCGAGAUCACGACGGCGAGAGGGGUGACUUCGACAGGGCCGUCGACGUCGCCCGCAUCUUCCAGCUCAUCCUCGGGUCCAUCGGCUGCGUCGGAAAUUUCCUGUGCUUCGUCGUCCUUCUCCGGAAAUCCCUGCGGAGCUACACCAACUUCCUGAUCGUCACGCAGACCGUCGCCGACUUCAUCGCAUCGGCGUUCCUCAUCCUCGUCACAAGCUUACGCCUCCUGGGUUACGGAUCGCGAAGUCGGCAAAUCGAUUCUGAACCCUUCGGUAUCUUCUACUGCCACUUCCUAUACUCCCAUCUCCCCAUCUUCGCUUUAUUUUCGAUCUCGACGUACAACCUGACGGUGAUCUCGAUCGAAAGGUAUCUCGCCGUCAUGAAACCCAUGUGGUAUAUCGCGAAGUUCAAACGACGCUGGCUGUACAUACUGACUGCAGUUGCUUGGAUCUUAGCCCCUUCCAUGCAGAUCAUUAUAUCCAUCGAUGUGGAAUACGUUGAUGGUGUUUGUCAAACUGCGGAUAAUUUCUCCUCCAUUUACGUCGGGAUGGCGAUUUUCGUUUGGGAAUACUUUUUACCAGCAACCGUGAUGAUUGUUUCGUUUGCCUGCGUCGCUAAUAAGCUACGGAGAUUGAACCGGAUAUCGGUUACUUGGUUUCGCGAGCAUGACCACGACACUGUACGCGUCGUCGAGACGACCGAUGACUCUUCAACGACGCAAUCUCGAAAGACAAAAUCAAGACCAGCAAAGCAAUUCUUAUCAAAACGGACUGAACCAUCUCACCCUAACCCGGACAUCCCGACGUCCUCUUCGUCCCCGCCACCGUCAACCAAGAGACCCGUAGUCAAUGACCACCGGCCACCCAGUAUGCCCAGGGUGGUCCGACCAGCGAUAAUCCGUCGCAGGAAAACGACAAAGAUCCUCUUGGUGAUCGUAAUGGUCUACAUGAUCUGCUGGUCACCCAAUCAAUGGGCAUUCUUCUAUCAUAACAUCGGUGGUCAUUUCUUGAUUGAUGGUAAACUACAUCUAGCAACCAUCAUUCUAGCGACUUGUAAUACGUGCAUUAACCCUUUCAUUCUCGCGUUCAGGUAUAAGGUAUACCAGCGAGGAUUGAUGGACUUAGUGAGAAGGUUCUUCAAUCAUUGA